CCCGUAAGACGCGGAAGAGCAAGAUGGCGGCGCCGAGCCUGCCCACGCCGUUGUACGGGCACGUGGGUCGCGGAGCCUUCAGCGACGUGUACGAGCCCUCGGAGGACACGUUCCUGCUCCUGGACGCGCUCGAGGCGGCGGCGGCCGAGCUAGCAGGAGUGGAAAUAUGCCUCGAAGUAGGAGCAGGGUCUGGUGUGGUGUCUGCAUUCCUGGCCUCCAUGAUAGGUCCUCAGGCCUUGUACAUGUGCACUGAUAUCAACCCCCAGGCAGCUGCAUGCACCCUGGAGACAGCAUGCUGUAACAGAGUUCACAUUCAGCCAGUAAUCACAGAUUUGGUCCAAGGCUUGCUGCCCCGAUUGAAGGGAAAAGUUGACCUGCUGGUGUUUAACCCCCCCUAUGUAGUGACUCCGCCUGAAGAGGUAGGAAGUCACGGAAUAGAAGCAGCUUGGGCUGGUGGCAGAAACGGCCGGGAAGUCAUGGACAGAUUCUUCCCGAUGGCUUCAGAACUCCUCUCCCCAAGAGGGCUGUUCUACUUAGUUACCAUAAAAGAAAACAAUCCAGAAGAAAUUGUUAAAACACUGAAGACAAAAGGUCUGCAAGGGACCACAGCACUUUGCAGGCAAGCAGGCCAAGAAAUCCUGUCCAUCCUCAGGUUCAGCAAGUCCUAGUGUCCUGAGAAAGCCACCCAAGUACACAAGACCUGCCUGAAGCUGAAUGUACUCAGUAGGUUUGAGACUGAUGCCAUUCCCUGGCCAAGAAAUUUUAUCAGAAAUUUGUCAUAAAGAAAAAAGGUGGAGUCGGUGCAUUGGUGGGGCACACACCUUUAAUCCUAGCACUGGGGGCCCCCUCCCCCCGACAGGCUGAUGGCCCUGAGUUCAAGGCCAACCUGGUCUACAGAGUGAGUUCCAGGACAGCCAGGACUGGUACACAGAGAAACCCUGUCUCAAGGAAAAAAAGAAGAAGAAAAGGUGAGGGCUGGAUAAAUGGCUAAGAGGUUAAGAGCACUGGCUGCUAACACAGAGGUUUAGGGUCCAGUUUUGAGCACCCACAUGGUGGCUCACAGCCACCCAUAACCCCAGUUCCAAGGGAUCCUACCCUUUUCUGACCUCUGGAUGCCAGGCACACAGGUGAUACAUACAUAAAGCAAGACACCCAUACACAGAAAACAACAUAAACCUAAAAAACAAAAAGAUGUUAAGCUGGGGCAUUUUGUUUUCAGGGACUCAAGUAUAUGGGUAUUUCUGUACGUGUGCAAAUAAAUGUGUAUACUCUAUUAUAAUUUACAUUUUAUGUUAUAUUUAUAUAUGAAAUUAUGUUUGAUAUAGCAUUAGCUAUAUAUAUUAGCAAAGUAAUAUGAUCACCCUAAAUGUCCAUCAGAAAGGACACUGGUUAAAAUAAAUGUCAGCUAUCCAUUCCACUGAACAUAUAGCCAUGAAACAAGUCCCUGUGUAGACCCUGAACCAGAGGCUCCAUGGCAACUCAUUACAACUCGUGCAAAGAAGCUGCAGAUGAAUUUUAUCCCACACAUGCUAUUUUAAAAAUCCAGCUGAGGCAGUGUAUUGAUGUGUGUACAUGACAAAGGCGUGGGAGGUAAACUACAGGAAUAAAAGAACUUCACUCUUUUGUGGUGGCAUGUGUUUUACACAAUGGUAAUGUUAAAAGAGUUACAGUGGAUUAUCAUAAACAUGAUAAAAACUCAAA